CGAAAAAACAAUUUUUAAACAUCAAACAGCAAUGUGUUAACCCUACAACCAGUUGUCAAAAAAUAAAAUUUUCGAAACAAAACGAAAAAAUAACAUAAACUAUGGCAAAUAUUUGUAAAUCUUUGAAAGAAUUGUCCUCCCAAGGCCACUGGGAUGAGGUGUUUAGUUGCUUAAAUAUUGAGUCCAACUCCACCAUAGAGUUAGCCAGCUUCAAGAUUCCGAAGCAACAAAACGAUUUGUGGCUAGAUGAACAUAUGGCCACCUUAAAUUCUUUGGAAGUAAUUUUGGGUUUCAUUUUAUUGUGCGAUCAGAUAUUUUACAUACUUUUGCUGUUGUAUUUGGGGCUUUUUAUGGUAAAAUUUUUACGCAAACAUAUAUAUACAAAAUUGAAAAAGUGCAUUUCAAUGACUAAAAUGAUUCUGAAAAGAUAUCAAUAUGUGAAAAAGAACAAAAACUGAUGUUGUCAAUUCAUCUCUAACACAAAUGUAAAUUCAGAACAUUAAAUAAAUAAACAU